AUGUUCUAUAAUAUCUUCACAGGAGGUUUUUAUCAGGAUGAAAUGGGACAAGUUUAUUGUAAAAGAUGCAGCAUUGGAACAUUUGUUUCUGAGCAGCAAAGUCCUGGAACCAAAGCUGCCGACUGCGUGGCUUGUCCAUACGGUAAGUGUAGUGUUCGCUUCUGGCAAACUGCACUUUUUUCGAUUAAGAUACGCUUUGGGUGACACUUAGUUUUAAUAAAAGGACUGUCACAGUAAUUUCUCGCUUACUUGCUGUUGCUAUUUAUUUUAAGCGAAAUGCAAAGAUAUCGUAUUUUAGAGUAUAUCCAUUUACUUCGCCGGUGAAAUCUUAUUUCUUGAUUGUCUCGGAGAAGAAAGGAAAUGAGUUCCUCGAAAAGCCUUUUCAUGAAUGCUUCAUUAUCACUGCUAAGAAAGGAAACAUUCCUUCCUAGGUACGAUCUCCAACGAGACUGCUGAAUAUCGUGCAUGCAGAUGCCUACACAACUUCUAUCGGUUGGAUCAUACGGUAUUUAUUUAUUUACGGUACGAUCAUUCUCGGCAUUUUAGGCCCGGGUACUGUUCGUUACAACUCAUGUCCGCCAAACGGUUUUGUUUGUGAGAAAGAUACAUGUCCGCCAAACGGUUUUGUUUGUGAGAAAGAUACAGCAAUACUUGCUCCUAAUUACUUCUGGAAAUGGACAGAUCAUUCUGAAAAAAAACAUUUCAAGGGUUUUGUUAACAACAUUCAUUCUUUUGGACCACACUACAACCAUUCAUAUUCCACGUUCGAUGGUUCACUCCCGAAGCCACUGAACUGUCCCCAUGCAAAGUCCUGCAAGGGUGGAAUUGAUUCAGAAUGCCAUCAAGGAUAUCAAGGAACUUUGUGUGCAACCUGCUCUGAAAGCUUCUAUUUUCGCUUCAACUCUUGUUUGAAAUGUCCCCGGUUAGCUACAACAAUAACGUCAUCCAUCUUGGUAAUUGUUCUUUUUGUUGCUGUGUUUAUAAUGGUUUUUUGGGGUGACUCCAAACGUGCAGACAAUGACCGGACAGUUGCAGAUGUCAUCAUGUCGUGCUUUAAGAUUGUGAUUGGUUUUUACCAAGUCAUUGCCGGUAUUUUCUCGGCAUUGGCGAAAGUCCAAUGGCCAGUCGUUUUGAUCUCAACGGAGAAGGUUCUUAAAGUACUUGAAGGGAACAUCUUGCAGUUUGCCCCUCUAAGUUGCAUUCAUACUUCCCUACGGCUUGAUGAAUUUGGAAAGUUCACGAUGAUUGUUGUCAUGAAUGUUUCACUCGUUGGCCUGAUUUUCUUCUAUCUAUUUCUUAAAAAACGCUACAUCAUGAAAAAGGAGGACCUUGGUGUCGACCAGAAAGUAAUGGAAGUUAAGAGUUUGAAGAAAUCUUGCUAUCGGAACAUUUUCCUACUGUUGUUGACGACCUACCCCACGACAAGCAAAUCGAUAGUUCAGAUUAUUCCUCUUCCCGGUGCGUGUGUAGAAACGUGUUUCGCAGACGACAAGAGCGACUGUAUCUUCCUGCUAAGAGCUGACUACUCCAUCCAGUGUUUCACUCCUCGCCACAGCUUGUAUUGGCUCAUGGCCUCUAUUCUGGCAUUAUAUCCAGUAGGAUUUCCACUUUUGGCUCUGUUUCUCACUUACAAAUAUCGUGAGUCCCAGAUAAACGAAGAAGUCUCGUUCGGACUCAGUGUGUUCUUUGAAAACUACAAGAGAAAAUUUUGGUUUUGGGAGGUCACAGAGAUGUACCGGAAGCUGAUAUUGAUCUCGUUGAUUUUCCUAUUUGGAUCUAAAAGCCAAUUCCAAAUCGGCCUUACUGUUCUGACUGUCAGUGUCUCUGGAGUGUUCUACACCUUAUUCCGACCAAUCAAGAACAAGUUUGAAGAUUACUUACAAACAUUUGUCCUGUGGGUCAUUUUCUUUGACGUUUGUCUUGGUGCAUUUUACAUAGACUGGGAUGAGAGUCAAGGAGAGGGCAAGAACGACUCCAUCUUUGUAAAUAUCCUGUUCCUGGUCCUUAACGCCUCUGUAUUGUUGCUUGCCAUUAGUAAGUCAAAAUACUGCUCUGUUUUAUUCAAUAUGCAUUUUAGUCAUUUACCAAAUAUAUCA